UGGCUAGUGAGGCUUGGUCCAGCUCGCUCUCUGUCACAUGACAGAUAAUCCACAGCAGCAGUUCCGCGUUUAUUGCGACAGGCACAGAAGACACAGUGACAGGCUGAAUGGAUACUUAAAGCAGUGUCUAUAUUUAUGGUUUUGUUGGAUCAUUUCCGCUGUGAUCGCCUCGCGGCGUCGUGUUCGCCCUGCUGUGGACCUCUGUGGAAAAACGGAGUGGCGUGGGGACGUUCAGCAACAUGUUCAGCAGGGUCAGGUCGGCCGUGGCCAGUUUAGUAGGCGGCUUUAUGCCCGGCUCAUCCAGCAGCGGAGAGCGAGCGAGCGGCGCGGAUUUGCCUCUGAAGUUCCCCUACGUGAGGCCGGAGUUUCUGGGACUGUCACCGGACGAGGUGGAGUGCUCGGCUGAUCAUGUGGCGCGACCCAUCCUCAUCCUCAAAGAGACGAAGAGGUUACCCUGGGCAACUGGCUACGCAGAGGUGAUCAAUGCUGGGAAAAGUGCUGUGAAUGAGGACCAGGCCUGCUGUGAAGUCAUGGUGGUGAAGAGGAGGCCCACCGGAUCUUCCACUCCCUGUAAACCAUCCAAGAGGAGAUCCUCACUGCCUAAUGGAGAGGGUCACAGCCUUGCUGAAAGCUCAGAGAAAGAGGAGCUGGCCUUCCACUACUGGGCUCUGUUUGAUGGGCAUGCUGGCUCAGGUGCAGCUGUAAUGGCCUCCAGACUGCUCCAUCAGCACAUUGUGGAGCACCUUCAGGAGAUUGUGGAUGUCCUGCGCAACCUGGCAUCACUGCCCCCCACUAUACUGGGAGAUGAUCUGGAUCAUACCAGUACCCCCUGCAUGCCUCGAGCCCUAACACGAGCAUCCUCGCUGCGCAACUCACCCUGUACGUCUACGCCACGCUUUUUCACAGAGAAGAAGAUCCAGCAUGAGAGCCUGGUGAUUGGCGCCCUAGAGAAUGCCUUCAAAUACAUGGAUGCCCAGAUUGAGAGGGAAAAAGCUGUAUAUAAUAUCACGGGUGGAUGCACUGCACUCGUGGUGGUGUUCGUUCUGGGCAAGCUGUACGUGGCCAAUGCAGGGGACAGCAGAGCUAUCAUAAUCAGGAAUGGUGAGAUCAUCCCCAUGUCUGCAGAGUUUACUCCUGAAUCAGAGAGACAGAGACUGCAGUUCCUGGGUUACAUGAAGCCUCAUCUGUUAGGGGGCGAGUUCACACACCUGGAGUUCCCUAGGAGGGUCCAGAGGAAGGAAGUGGGCAAAAAGAUACUGUACCGUGACUUCACCAUGACCGGCUGGGCAUAUAAAACCAUCGAGGACGAGGACCUCAGAUUCCCUUUAAUAUACGGAGAAGGAAAGAAGGCUCGAGUGAUGGCAACAAUCGGCGUGACUCGUGGGCUCGGUGACCAUGAGCUGAAAGUGCAUGACUCCAAUAUCUACAUUAAACCAUUCCUGUCCUGCUUUCCUGAGGUGAGAGUAUAUAACCUGACGCAGUAUGAGCACGGCGCUGAUGAUGUGCUAGUGAUGGCCACCGAUGGCCUGUGGGACGUUCUCUCUAACGAGGAAGUGGCCGAGUAUGUCACUUCUUUCCUCGCCAACUGUGACCCAGAUGACCUGCACAGGUACACAAUGGCAGCACAGGAUGUAGUGAUGCGUGCUCGGGGCGUGCUCAGGGACCGUGGAUGGCGUAUAACAGACGACCGCCUUGGCUCCGGAGAUGACAUUUCUGUUUACAUCAUCCCACUUAUGUAUGGUAACCGACAGCCAUAGAGCAGAGACUACUCUACUGAACCCUUUUCUCUUUCACUCUCUCUCCCUCUCUCUCACACACACUUAAACAUCUUUCCACGCCCUGCGAUACACAGUGUACAGUGUUCCUCUUUGUACUGAAUUUUUUUUUUUAUACAUUUCCUAUUGCCCAUCACUUAGUAGAAAUCCUAGUCAUGUGACUCCAGGACAGGAAUAAUGAGUUCUUUAAUUUUAUUUAUUUUUUUUUUUUUGCAUAGAUAGACAUAUUAUUAAUGUUUUGUUAUUCAGAAGGAAGUAUGGAUGUAUGAGAAAGUGUUUCCAAAUUAGUCAUUCUUUCCUGAUCUUUCUGUCAUUGUUUUCAUUCAUGCCCACUAAAUGUAUUAAUUUAAAGCAAUAUAGUAGGCAUAUUUUAAUGACUGUAAGUUGUAAAAUAGGUCAUCAGAGAAGGCUGAAGUCAACUGUGUUCGUUUUCAGCUUUAAAGCCCUUUCUCUCUCUCUCUCUCUCUCUCUCUCUCAGACACAUGCACUUACAUUAUGAUAUUCUGAGACUUGAUUUGAGAUUGUGGCACUUUUAAGCCUGGAUUAUUUAAAUCAUAGGGAAGGUCAGUUUAUAUUUGGGAGAUUCAUUAUUCACUGUUCAAUCAUGACCAAAAUGCAUAAUAUCUCAGGAUGACAUUGGUGCAUAGACUCUGUGUAUAUAUACUGUCUAAAUGUGCUCAAUACCGUCCAAAAACAAUGCAUUCUGUGUAUAUUGCAGUGUUCGAGACAAUUUGUUAUCACUAUGGUAUAGUCACAAGCAGCAGUUUACACAUUUUGUAAAGUACAUUCACUUGCCACUGUUUAAGGUAACACUACCUUGUAUGUGCACUCAGUGGCCAUUUUAAUGGGAUAAUCUACCAUCAGUAGGUGCAGGUGUAAAUUUACUGACUGUAGCCCAUCUGUUUCUAUGAACCAUUUGCCAGGGACCACAACAGGACCACUACAACCUGACAUUCACAAAAUAAACUCUAUCAUAAAUGCACCUGUAAUAAAAAAAAAAAAGCCUGUAAGUGUAGCUACACAAUAGGUAUAUUGUGUCUCAAUAAACUAACUUAGUAUAGGUCUAAAAUUCAAAAUGUAUUAUUCAUGUUUGCCAAGUCACAUCGAUUGAGGGUGUUCGGUUUGGAUAAUAUAAAUAAAGCAAAGCAUUUAACGCACAUUUUCAGCCAAUCAGAUUUGAGAUCAAUGUUAAGCUGAAUGCUAACCAGCUAUGUGAGAGGGGCUAGUUUAGCUGAAACAUCUGCUGUAAAUGUGAGAGGACCUAAGCAUUUAACCCCACGCCUGUAAUUACAUUCCACUUUCAAUAAUGCCCUUGCAUGGAAAUGUAUUCUGCACAGUAUUGUAAAUACUUUUACAAAUAUUUCAGUUUCAGUAUAUAAUUGCAAUUUCAUUUGGUUAGAAAACGAUAUUUACAUGUAAAAUGCUAUGAGUGUUCUGUUUGCUCCCCAUGGGCUAAACUGCAUGUUUUGUAUGUAUGAAUAAAAAUACAAGUAUGUUAAUCAUAUUAGAAAACUAUGCCACACCAUGCCAACCCUGCAAACGGAAGAACUGUUAAACUCAGGGGUUUUAUGGGGUUAACGGUAUGGAACGUACGAAUGCAAAAACACAUUUGUAAAUGCUGGUUUUUAAUCAGAAGCAUCAAAAUGUUGUACGCCGCGUACGAGGUUCCGCAUCUGCAGCACAGUCUUUUGUGAAGAAAUAUUUCAGCAUGUGCGGAAAAGGCUAGAUGUGUACGCGGUUGAAACGUGGGUAUUUAUAUGACACAAGGUUCCCAAGGAUUUGGUUUGCGUGAAGUGCCAAAUUGAGCAUUACUAGUGUGCGUUUUUAAGUGAGUUUAAGAGACCUUUAUAUGUGAAGUAAAAUAUCUGUCCAUGGAUGUAUUAACUGCUUCCAGACUUCCUUCUUCCUGAUUUUGCUAUAUUUGUACAUUGUUAAAGGACAGUUUUGCAGACUGUAUGGGAUGGGUAUUUAUUUCAUAUGCUGUACAGGAUCAUUAUGCUUAUAAAGAGUGUGGUUUUGAGUAAUUGUUCUCCCAUGUGAAUGUGAAUGUGUGUACAUUUUGUAAUGUUAAUAAGGUGAAAGGAUAUUUUUAAUGUUCAUGGUGAAAUGAAAAUUUCCAUUUCUGUGGGUUUUUUUUUUUUGUUGUUGUUUAUUUGUUUGGUUCCGAAAAUAAAAUUAAAUGAUUAUGGUUUUCUGUUUAAA